GGAUCUGGUGACCCCUGGGGACGCUGCCUGACAGAGAUAGGAGUGGGUGGUUAGGGGGACUUAGCCUACUCCAGAUGCCGUGCUGGCUCUAGGCCUCAGUUUCUCUGCCUGGAAAACAGAGCUCACAGUGGACAAGAGGAUGACCGCUCUCUCUGUGAGCCACCAGUGCCAUCCUAGAGAUGUCCAGGCACAAAUGGUCAGAUGGGUGGCUUGAGUUUCGCUCCACACACAAAGCCUUUCUAUGCCUCAGUUUCGCCAACCUCAACGUCUCAGUCGGUAGGGCGCUUGCUAGUAUGCACAAAGCCUGGAGUGUCAUCCCUAAAUGCUGGGAGACUGAGGCAGGAGGAUCAGGAGUUCGAGGUCAUCCUUUGCUGCAACUCCAUCUGCAGCCCUUGAGGUCUGAGCCCACCUCCCUCCCUCCGCUCGCGGACCCGCAGCUGCCGACGCCUCCCACCCCUCCCCCUCGCCCGGCACAAAGCGACGGACGGACGCAGCGGUGACGGACGACGCCUCCCGCCCUGCGCCACCUCCAGCCGCGACCCUGCGCGAUGCUCGGGCCUCUCGCCCAAUCCCUGCCCGGCCCUGGUCCCAAGGGCAACUCGGUCCCCACGCCGGUGGUCUCGUCCUCCGGGAUCCUCCAGGGUCCGAGUCCUGCUGUCUCCACCCCGGAGCCACAGAAGGUCUGAGGUCUGCAGCCCCAGGACGAGCUGCAGAGCUAGGCAUGAAGGUCCUUGUUUGACACCAGCAUAUUUUGGGGGCACCAAUGGCCAAGUGGCUCCGAGACUAUCUGAACUUGGGCAGCCGGAGGCCGCCUCCGCAGCCGCCCACCCCCGACUACACCGAGAGCGACAUCCUGCGGGCCUACCGCGAACAGAAGGACCUGGACUUCGAGGACCCCUAUGAGGAUUCCAAUGGCCGCGCUGAGCCAGAGGUCACCGGGUCCGGUGACCCCAAGUACAACUCUCCUAGGCACCGGCUGAUCAAGGUGGAGGCUGCAGACAUGGCCAGAGCCAAGGCUCUGCUGGGGAGCCCGGGGGAAGAGCCGGAAGCAGAAACUGAGUACUCAGACCCUUUUGAUGCCCAGCCUCAGCCACCAGCCCCCAACAGUGGGUACAUGGAGCCCUAUGAUGCCCGGAGCGUCUCCAGUGAACAGCCAAGCAGAGCUGUCCAGCUUUACGAUACUCCAUAUGAGGAGCAGGCUACGAAACCAGAAGAUGGAGGGUCUUCGGGCCAGAGCCGGAGGCCCCUGGAGGAUGAGAGGCCAGCAGAUGAAUACGACCAGCCUUGGGAGUGGAAGAAGGAUCACAUCUCCAGGGCUUUCGCAGUGCAAUUUGAUGGUCCUGACUGGGAACGGACUCCAUGCUCCACCAAGGAGCCCUGGAGACCACAGCCUGCGGAGCGUGUGGAUACAGCCCUUGCCCUGGAGAAGCAGCCGUGGUUUCACGGCCCCCUGAGCCGAGCAGAGGCCGAGAACCUUCUGUCCCUCUGCAAGGAAGGCAGCUACCUCGUUCGGCUCAGCGAGACCAGGGCUCAGGACUGCAUUCUGUCUCUCAGAAGCAACCAGGGUUCCAUGCACCUGAAAUUCGCAAGGACCCGGGAGAACCAGGUGGUACUGGGACAGCACAGUGGGCCCUUCCCCAGCAUACCUGAGCUGGUCCUGCAUUACAGUGCCCGCCCACUGCCCGUGCAAGGGGCAGAGCACCUGGCCCUGCUCUAUCCUGUCACCAGCAGCCAGAGCUCUCAAGGACCCUGCACAUUGGCUGCUAAGCCAGAGAGGGGACAAGGGGACCCAUGACGCACAGACUUCCUUUAAUGCCCUCUAGUGGGGUGCUCCAGAUCAUGGCCUGCGGGCAUGCUUGACAGGUGAAGAAAGGCGGCUGCCGCCAGGCCUGCUGGGCUCAACCCUGGGAAUCCACACGGUGGCAGCCGAGAGCUGCAAGUCGUUCUCUGAUUUACAAACAAGUCACACACCAUAAAUUAAUAAAUAAAUGUAAUAAAAAUUAAUCUUAAA